GGAAGCGGCGGCGGCGGCGGCGGCGACGGCCGAGCGGGGGCUGCGGCUCGCGGCGCGGAUUGUGCAGCCCCGUGCGCGCGGCGCGCGGCUCGGGAGGGGCGCGCGCGGCCCGGGGCGGAGCGCUCCGUCUCUCACGCUCACGGAGCGCUGCCGUCUCCCCGCGACUGCCUGCACCUUUUCAGUGCUCAGAUUAUCUGAUACAAUGGCAACUGCACGGGGGAGAACAAAGAAAAAAGCAUCUUUUGAUCAUUCUCCAGAUAGCCUUCCUUUGAGGAGUUCCGGUAGGCAGGCAAAGAAAAAAGCGACCGAGAUGAUGGAUGAGGAUGAAGACGGUGGGUCAGAGAAGAAGUACAGGAAAUGUGAAAAGGCAGGCUGUACUGCAACGUGUCCCGUGUGCUUCGCAAGUACUUCUGAAAGAUGUGCCAAGAAUGGCUACACCUCCCGAUGGUAUCACCUCUCCUGUGGGGAGCAUUUCUGUAAUGAAUGCUUUGACCAUUACUACAGAAGCCAUAAGGAUGGAUAUGAGAAAUAUACUACAUGGAAAAAAAUAUGGACUAGCAAUGGAAAAACUGAACCUAGUCCCAAAGCUUUCAUGGCAGACCAGCAACUCCCCUACUGGGUUCAGUGUACAAAACCCGAGUGUGGAAAAUGGAGGCAACUUACCAAGGAAAUCCAGCUUACUCCACAGAUAGCAAAGACCUACCGCUGUGGUAUGAAACCAAACACUGCUGCUAAGCCCGAGACCCCAGAUCAUUGUUCCCUCCCAGAGGAUCUAAGAGUGUCGGAAGUUUCCAACCAUUGGUGGUACUCCAUGCUCAUUCUACCUCCUUUGCUGAAAGACAGCGUGGCAGCACCCCUGCUCUCUGCCUACUACCCUGACUGCGUUGGCAUGAGCCCCUCCUGCACCAGCACAAACCGCGCAGCCAGCGACGCCAGCCCCGGGAAGCUGGAGCACUCCAAGGCGGUCCCCUCUGUGCUGGUCCCAGGCAUGAACCGGUACUUCCAGCCUUUCUACCAGCCCAACGAGUGCGGCAAAGCCCUGUGCGUGCGGCCGGACGUGAUGGAGCUGGAUGAGCUGUACGAGUUCCCAGAGUACUCCCGCGACCCCACCAUGUACCUGGCCUUGAGGAACCUCAUCCUGGCCCUGUGGUACACUAACUGCAAAGAAGCUCUGACUCCUCAUAAAUGUAUUCCUCACAUCAUCGUCCGGGGUCUCGUGCGCAUUCGGUGCGUUCAGGAAGUGGAGAGGAUACUUUAUUUUAUGACGAGAAAAGGUCUCAUCAACACGGGCGUUCUCAGCGUGGGCACGGACCAGAGUCUUCUUCCUAAAGAUUACCACAGUAAAUCAGUCAUCAUUAUUGGGGCUGGUCCAGCAGGAUUAGCAGCUGCUAGGCAACUGCAUAACUUUGGAAUUAAGGUGACUGUGCUGGAAGCCAAAGACAGAAUUGGAGGCCGCGUGUGGGAUGAUAAAUCUUUUAAAGGCGUCAUAGUGGGAAGAGGAGCCCAGAUUGUCAAUGGCUGUAUUAACAACCCAGUAGCACUCAUGUGUGAACAACUUGGCAUCAGCAUGCAUAAAUUUGGAGAAAGAUGUGACUUAAUUCAGGAAGGUGGAAGAAUUACUGACCCCACUAUUGACAAGCGCAUGGAUUUUCAUUUUAAUGCUCUCUUGGAUGUUGUCUCUGAGUGGAGGAAGGAUAAGACUCAGCUCCAAGAUGUCCCUUUAGGAGAGAAGAUAGAGGAGAUCUACAAAGCUUUCAUCAAGGAGUCCGGCAUCCACUUCAGUGACCUGGAAGAGCAGGUGCUUCAGUUCCACCUCAGCAACCUGGAGUACGCCUGUGGCAGCAGCCUCCAUCAGGUGUCCGCUCGCUCCUGGGACCACAACGAGUUCUUUGCCCAAUUUGCUGGUGACCAUACUCUCCUCACUCCUGGCUACUCCGUCAUCAUUGAAAAACUGGCUGAAGGACUGGAUAUUCGGCUCAAAUCUCCAGUACAGAAGGUUGAUUAUUCUGGAGAUGAAGUACAAGUUACCACGACAGAUGGGACAGGGUAUACAGCACAAAAGGCGUUAGUCACUGUUCCACUGGCCUUGCUGCAGAAAGGCGCCCUUCAGUUUAACCCGCCGCUGUCAGACAAGAAGAUGAAGGCCAUCAACAGCUUAGGCGCAGGCAUCAUUGAAAAGAUUGCCUUGCAAUUUCCUUACCGAUUUUGGGACAGUAAAGUUCAAGGGGCGGACUUUUUCGGGCACGUUCCUCCUAGUGCCAGCAAGCGAGGGCUUUUUGCUGUAUUCUAUGACAUGGAUCCCCAGAAGAAACACAGCGUGUUGAUGUCAGUGAUUGCUGGGGAGGCGGUGGCGUCCCUGAGGAACCUGGACGACAAGCAGGUGCUGCAGCAGUGCAUGGCCACGCUCCGGGAGCUGUUCAAGGAGCAGGAAGUCCCAGAUCCCACAAAGUAUUUUGUCACUCGGUGGAGCACAGACCCCUGGAUCCAGAUGGCAUACAGUUUUGUAAAGACAGGUGGGAGCGGUGAAGCCUACGACAUCAUUGCUGAAGAAAUACAAGGAACCAUCUUCUUUGCUGGCGAGGCAACAAACAGACAUUUUCCACAAACGGUUACAGGGGCAUAUUUGAGUGGUGUUCGAGAAGCAAGCAAGAUUGCGGCAUUUUAAAUGGAUUUUGUCUGGACCCAGCUUUCUUCUGUACCUCAAAUGGGAAAGUCUGAAACACGUUAACCUCACUUUCAUAAAAAUCAAACAAAAACCUCUCUGGAUAACAAAACUGAAAAUGUUUCUAAGGUGGUUUGAUAAUGUAAACCCAUGUCACCACUCUGAAAGCAUUAGCCCUAAGAACCAAUUUAUAAGCACUUAUAUUUUAUUACAUUUUCCACAAGUCUAAUGCUAAAUCUUCUGGAUUUCAGAAAAAGGUAGAAUAUAAGCUUAAAUUAAGACCUUUUAUCUGCUUUCAUUCUUUGGAUAUGAUUCUUCCAUGGUUGGAGAGUCCCUUAAAUUUGACUUUUUGUUUAGCUGAUCAAUUUUCACAAAUUGAGAAAUCAAGCAGAAAUCAUUAAAAAGAAAUAGAGCCAUGUAUUUUUCUUCUAUGACAACUUAUCACUACCUUUGCCAAUGAGCCUUAAGAUUUUUGUAUAGCUCCAAUAUUGAGCUUUCAGUUAAAAUUUAGAUAGAAAUCUUUCCUUUUUGGAUACAGCACAAAUUCUUCAAAAGUAAUGAAGCUUCUAGACUACUUUAUAUGAUACUUCCCAUUGGGUUUUCAAAAGAAAUUUAAAUUCAGGUAUCUUUUGUGAUAAAAGAUUUUAGAUUUGUGCACUCAUUGGCAAAAGAUCAAAAUUUUCCAUUCUUAAGCAGUACCAGGUUUGUACCAUUGAAAAUGGGGUAGAGAUAGUGUGGUCUUCAUACUAGACAUUAACUAUAGGGCUAUUUUUCUUUGAGCCAAGUUUGGGCAGAUGGCACACUUUAAAUAGCCUUAAUUUUGGCAACUACUAGCAAAAAUAUCUUGUCAGAAUAAUAGCCUCUUCGCACUGUCUUUUUUAUAGAAUUAUGUUUUCAGUAUUCCAUAGGCAGGUCCACUGGAAAACUGCAGGAAAAUGUGAAGUCCUGGUAAAUAUUACAUAUUUUAUAAGCCAUAUCGUAAGAGCCUGAGAACAUGGCAAAUACUUCCUUUCUCCUUUUUUCACUCAUGACCAAAAAAAUGUCAUUAAAAAUAGACAUUGGUUUCAGGGUCUAAAGGAUGCUUAACUUGCAAGAAAUUUCGGUUUACAGGUAAAAUCAUGGAUAACAAGUUCUUUUGUUUUAAAGUCUCUGAACAGGUUUUUCAGUUAUAUUGGUCUGCUUUAAAAAAGGGCUCAAAAACAAAGGGGAUGCAAAAUGAUUUUAAAGCCACUUUUCAAAAUAUUAGGUAUUUUAAAAAUUUAGAGUCAGCUUAUAAAUACAAAGUAUCAUAUGCAAAGAAUGUAUGGUAUAUCUUUGGUGAACUCAGACACACUUCCACUCCCAUCAAAGUAUGAUACAAAUCAAAGAAAAAUAAAGGGUAUUAGUUUCUAUGUUAACACAGGGAAAUGUUGAUAUUUAUCUGAUGAGACUUGGUACUAUUUGGGGAGUGUUCUGCUUUAAAGUUAAACAUUUAAAGAAUAGCAUGUGUUAAGUGAUAAAUGCAAAAUAUUUUACGUUUGAAAUGGUUCACAGUAAAUUAUUACUUUAGUCUCUGGGCACUUAAACUUGUGCUACAAAGGAAAAACCUACGUAAUAAAGUAUGGUAAAUGUAUAUAAAAAAUCCUCAUUUCUUGUCUCAAGUGUCUACAUCUGACAUUUUGUUCUUUAAGGUACUUUCCUUUAAAUUCUUGAGUUACUCUGAAUAUGUUUUUCAUUGUUCUGAAGAUUUUGUAAUUGAGUAGCUGUGAAUAUGUUUUAACUGCAGAUUGUGAACAGCUUGUUGUGUAAAACUACUUAAUAAAAACUAGACUUUUUCAAAUACA